AUGACGGUAUACCAAGUUGCUGCGGUGCACAUAAGGGACGCCAAAACCCACCCACGGGGGCCCGCGUGGGCCCAAGUAGGUGGAGCGGGAUGCCCGUGGUGGGUUAAUACAUUUGUGAGAGGGGCCCGGGCCCGGCCCACGGUUUGGGCGCGGGCUUUCUUGGCGGCCCGUGGGCCCCCAUCAACCCGCCAAGAAAACCCGUGGGCCACCCCGGGUCCACGCGCAGAUCCCGCGGGCUGGUGGGCCGGGCCGGGGUGUCUCUAUUUUCGAGCUUUGGCAGACAUGAGGUGCACAUCGUCCUCGGAUGGAUCUGCCGAACGCGGCAUUGGGAAUGACCUCGUGGCUGAGACCGAGGAUAUAGACAGCUUGUUAAAGCCACACCGUGAACCAUCCCGCCCCGGCACCAGGCCAUGCUUCAUUGCAAUAGUACGCCACCCUGAUGUGGUGGCAAAAGGCGAUGUCGGUUGUCGACGAACUUCGGGUCGCAUUCGCCGGCCUGCGCAAGCGGUUGAUGAGACUCUUCCUGACCGCUCGCCUUUGGUCUGGAGCCUUCUCAGUUGA